UUUGUCAAUUGGCGCACUAUAGCCAAGUCAUGUGAAUUUUUAAGGGGGUGUAGGUGUAAAUAUGUAUAUUAAUAUGUCUUGUGUGUGAAAUUGUUUAAAACAUGGCGUAAAUUCAGCUUUUAACUCAAGCACUAUCGCCUGUUUGAGAAACUUCAACUUUCGCUAACGGUUAGCUAAAAAUGGCGUCAGCUUAAGUUAUGACAGAGGCAAACUACCCGUAAUCAGCUAGCAGCAUUUCCAGUGACUGAUUGCGAGGUUAAUAAUAAUCAUGACUGUCACCUAAUGUUACGUUUUGAAAACGUUUACGCUUGCUUUCUCAUAUAUCUGUACGUUUUAUACUGUGAUACUUUGCUAGUCUUUCACAUCUCCACGUGUUGAACAGGAGGCGCGAGCGGCGGCAGCGGCUGGGCGGAGACAGGGUCUUGGGUAGUCUGGAAUUUGUAACUGGAACUUUAAUUACCACCACGAAUGGGUCGGCUUGGAUGCAGCUGACGCUUCAUCGCAUGUCCAUCAUCAGAAUCAGCACCUCACUGUGAAUAUGGACGCCAAAGCAAUGGAUCGUUUGAAAAAAGAUGCAGAUGUGAUUAUACUGAUAUCAGACGAUGAAGAUGACAUGAUGUGUCCAUCAGUGGAUCAUGGCGUUGAGAAAAUGAUGGUGGUGAAGGAUGAGAGUGUUCGGCCAGAACAAAAGGUGGAAGAAUCAGAACCGGCGGUGGACGCAAGGAGUCAAGGAAAUGUUUUCUGUAGCAACAAUUUAAAAGAUUUCAUCAGAAAAUACAACUGUGAUGACGUUAAAGCAGCUUACCAUGCAGAUGUUAUCCAGGCUGUUUCACACACACCUUACUGCCUGUACCUGUAUGUUGGGGUGGAGGUGGAUGAAGGUCAAAGAACAAGCUUGGUGCUGAUUGGUUAUUUCGAUCAGUUCUCUGGCGUUGGAGUGGUGAGGCUGCUGCACGCUCUUCGCAUGAGCUUUGAUGAAGCUGACCCACAAAUUUCAGUGAAUGCCAACACUGAAAAUGUGACGCUCGCAGCAGAGUCAGAUGCACGCCUUCUGAUCGAGGAGCUGAAUAAAUAUGAGCUCCCAUUGUCCAACCUUGUCAUGUUUUAUUGUUCCGUUCCAGGAGUGAGCCAUGUGUUCGUAUCACAGCUCCAGGUUUUCAACCCAAAACUGAUAUCGCUCUGCAGCCUGCCUGGGAUGGCAGGAAGAGCCUGCCAGGCUGGACUCGUGGCUUCAUUUAGCUACGUGGUUGACCUGAUUAGAGAGAUCCACCAUCACUACUCCACCUGUUCCUCCAUGAAUGACUGUCUGAAAGAGCUGUUUUCUGAUGCACACACUUAUGACCCAUCCCAGCCAGUUUCUGCACACUGUUUGUUUAUCAUCCACACCGUGCAGAAGAUGGUUGGCUGCUGGCAGGAUCUGGUGGGGUAUUUUAAAUCGCUGACACAGACAGAAGAUACGAACCGAAUCAGGACCAAGCUGCUGGAUGAUAAGGUCAGGCUGCAUUUCCUGUUCCUUUCACACUCCUUAGAGCCACUCAAAGCCCUCCAUGAGUCCGGCACAGCAGAUGUGGCUGCAGCGCUUCAGUUGGCAUCCUUGUUGGUUCAUUCAUACUCAGUCAGCAUCCUCCAGCCGUCUUUGGCCGAGCGUUUUAGUAGGAGGCGCAAUGUACAUCUGCUCCAUAGUGAGAUGGAGCUCCUCCCCACAGCUGAGGUGAACAUAGGACCACGUGCCAGGUACUUCAUGUUGUCCAGUAUUCUGGCUCUGACGGAAGAGGACAAGAGCUGCUUCCUGAAGGAUGCACAGACUUUCUAUAAAGCAGCUCUUCAGAGUUUAGUGGAGAGCCUACCUCGGCAUCUCAGAGGCAUGUCGCUGAGGAAUAUCAGACUGAUGCUGAGAGAUCCAGAAAAUCUUCGUGACAAGAAACGCUCUGAUCAUGUGCUGUCAGACUUGGGGGUUCAGUUGGGUCUCUGUACUGCUGGAUCUCCACAGACUCGCCAGCUGCUGUGUGACUACCUGAGCUUCGUUCAGACUGUUCGGGUGAAACAGAGCUGGAAGGGAGAACGCCGCUGCUGGGCAGAGAUAUUGCAGAGAAUGAGACCGUACACGACUCUUCAUAGACUCUUUCUGACCAUCCUGGCCCUGCCAAGCUCUCUAAACAGGUCACAGCUGUUUGCUGAGGUGUUCAAAAGCAGGAGGGAUUCUGGAAGACACUCCAUGUCCAAAAGGAAACAUCCUGCUCAGGCUGGUUAUGGUGGGAGGAAGAGAGAAGAAGAGAGUUCAUCAGAGGAUGCCUACAGUUUCAGGGCAAAACCUGCAGGUCACUACAUCAAUAUGGAGGACUCAGAUUACACAGAUAAUUCCUCUGAUGUGGUCGAUAUCACAGAGGAGAUCAAGAUAUCUCAGGCCAACAGAUGGCAGACAGAAAACAGGACAAAGCAGGGAGAAUCUAUAUUUAUUGUGACAAGCGAAGAUGAUGAGGACAGCUUGGAUUCAGCGCUCACACCACCCAGCUCCAGAUUUGUGGAAGAACCCAUGAGACGUUUUUGUCAGGGGGAGCUGGUCUGGGGGAAGAUACAGGGCUUCUCUCCCUGGCCAGGCAUCAUCGUACCCUACAGGAAGGAGAGGGAGAUCCCAGAGAAGAGGAUGGUGGAGUGGUACGGACAAAGAAUGUCCUCUCAGAUCAGUGUGCAGGCUCUGACACCCUUUGCUGCCUUUGGCCAGAAGUUCUGCGCCAACUCCUUCGCCACCCUCGUCACCUACCGAGAGGCCAUCUUCUUGUCGCUGCAGGAGGCAGCUCUGCGUUGUGAGAAGGAGUUUCCAUUAUCUCUGGAGGAAAGAGAAGAACUGCUACCACAUAUGAUAGACUGGGCUUUUGGAGGCUUUCUGCCAACCGGGCCAGAUGGACUCAAACCAAGAGCUUUUGUAAAUGGAGUAACUAGAACAAACACAAGACCAAAGGUGAAGCAGAAACGCUUCCAGAAAACCAGCUCCUCUUUUGACGUCUCCAGCCAUUUGACCCAGAAGGGAAAAAUCAGCAUUAAGAUCAGAGAAGUCUCUGUGACGCUGAACAAACUGUCAUGUGAUUCCUUCCAUAAGUCUUCCCAGUCCAGUGAUGUGGGGGGAAAAGGAUUGGAGUUUGUAGAACAAAGCCCCAAAACAUUGAUUAGCGAUGAGAGGAACGGGAAGAGAGAGUGGGAAGGGGAGCGAGAUGAGUCGGGCGGAGAAUGGGAGAAGGUGAAACGUGGAUGGGGAAGGAAGAAGGAAAAGGAAAGUUUGACAGGAGGGAGGAAUCAGAAGAAGACGUACAGUGAUGGAGUUGAUGACGACAUGUCACCGGACUUUGUGCCGUACAAGAGGAAGACCUACAGCAGGCCGAACAGUAAGGCCAACCAGACGACCAGCGUGUACACACAGCCUGACCAGAAACUCCGAGAGGAGACCAUUCGCAGGAUCAUGGACAUGAAUCUGGACAUUGAGGGUUUCUGUUUGUGCUGUGGGACUGAAGACGUUGUGAUUUUCCAUCCUCUUUUUAAAGGCAGCCUCUGCUUGAUGUGUAAACACAACUUCACAGAAACUCUGUAUCGCUACGAUGAAGAUGGAUAUCAGUCCUACUGUACAAUCUGCUGCUAUGGGAUGGAAGUCAUGCUGUGUGGAAAUGACAGCUGCUGCAGAUCUUACUGCCAGGACUGUCUGAACAUCCUAGCUGGCCCAGGAACAUUUGAUUCCCUGAAGAAGUUGGACCCAUGGAUCUGCUACUUGUGCCAGCAUCAUCAACCUCACGGUGCUAUUGUUCCCCGGGAGGAUUGGAGCAUUCGUGUUCAGGAGUUUUUUGCAAACAACAGUGGCAUGGAGUUUGAGACUCAUCGUGUUUACCCAUCUAUCCCUGCCAACCUGCGAAGACCUAUUCGGGUUCUCUCACUUUUUGAUGGCAUCGCAACUGGUACUGACGAUUGUCUUUUCUACUCUGCUCCUUUUAAAGUAUUUUUCCUGUGUUGUGGUCCACAUACCUGUCUGCCCAUCUGUAUUUCCUCAGGCUACCUGGUGCUGAAGGAUCUGGGCUUCAAAGUAGAGAAAUAUGUUGCCUCUGAGGUCUGUGAGGAUUCAGUCGCUGCUGGAACCGUCAACCACGAAGGGAGGAUCAUUAAUGUUGGCGAUGUUCGAGUCAUCACAGAGGAACUGAUUGAGAAGUGGGGUCCGUUUGAUUUGCUGAUCGGCGGCAGCCCCUGUAAUGAUCUCUCCAUCGUGAAUCCAAACAGGAAAGGCCUCUAUGAGGGCACCGGCAGGCUUUUCUUUGACUACUACAGAAUCCUUCAGCUGCUGAAGCCCAAAGAAGACGACCCCCGGCCGUUCUUCUGGCUCUAUGAAAACGUGGUCUUCAUGAACAUACACGACAGAGUCAACAUUUGCCGCUUCCUUGAGUGUAACCCAGUACUGGUGGAUGCAGUCAAAGUAAGCCCCGCCCACAGAGCUCGCUAUUUCUGGGGAAACAUACCAGGGAUGAGCAGGCCGAUUAUUGCCUCCAAGAAGGACAAGCUGAAUCUCCAGGACUGUUUAGAGAUCGGUCGCGAAGCGAGGGUGACCAAAGUGAGAACAGUCACCACCAAUUCGAAUUCUCUGAAGCAGGGAAAAGGCUUCUCUCUGCUGCCUGUCCUGCAGAAUGGAAGAGAGGACAGCUUGUGGAUCACUGAGCUGGAAAAAAUCUUUGGUUUCCCCAAACAUUACACCGACGUGAGGAACAUGAGCCGACAGCAGAGGCAGAAGGCCCUGGGGAAGUCGUGGAGCGUGCCGGUCAUCCGCCACCUCUUCGCCCCACUGAAGGAUUAUUUUGCUUGCGAGGAGCUGCCGCCUGUGACCACAACCUGCACAUCCCCCACCUCAUCCACUUCCUCCACCUCUCCAUCCUCCCCCGCCUCCCCAGACCCUCAGCCGCUCAGAUAGGAGAGGCUAAAGCAAAUGUUUUGCAAAUGCAGAUCUUAUAUUCAGAUGUAUCCACAGCGGGACAGAAAAGCUGUUUCCCAGCAUGCACUGCAGAGUGGUAAAUGUUUGCUGUGGAUGCGUUACUGAGCUUUCUGACUUUCAAGAAUGAAUAUCUGGGACAUUAUCAAACGGAACAGAAACUGUGGGAGUGACAACAAGACUGAAUAUUUGUUCUUCAAAUUACAAGAAAUUGUGUCGUUCCAGAAAACAUGGUGAUCAAUAAUGACCAUGAAUGACUAUCAGGAGUUUUAGGAUUCUCAUUUGAAUGAAACUCAGGGUUUAUUGUUUCUGUUGUUGUCUCGCCAUUAUCGCCCGUUUUAUGCUUAUUUUUCAAUAAUUCCCUGACUUAUUGUAAACUUUAGCUGUAGCUGACUAGCUUUUUAACUCUUUGUGGGUAAAAAACUGAUGUUGAUGUUUUUUUGCACAUAACUGAGGUAAAAUAUGCUGAAAAUGAAAUUAAAAUGUGUAAUUUUUAAAUACAUUGUUUUUUCUGCUUGACUCAUAUUAUGUCAUUUUAUUGUCAGCAGAUUGAGUUAUGGAAGUAGUUGUGUUUUUUUUUUUUUUUUUAGAAUUAUUG